AAAUACUCUCGACAUACAUAUACUCUAUAGUCUGAUAUAAACAACAUCAUAAUAAACUCCCAAGUAACCACCACACAACGAACAUGGCAACCCCCCUCUUCACCCUCCCCAUCUCCUCCACCGGCGGCACCUUCACCUGCACCAAUCCCUCCCCCUCCGCCGAGGACAAAACCAUCUACAUCCUAACCUUCACCUCCCCCAAAGACAACCGUCUCACGCCCACGUUCAUCGAUGCCUUUCUCCUGGCCCUCGACAUCCUCGAACACCGCUACCCGCGCGGCGUGCUCAUCACCACGAGCGGGAUCCCGAAAUUCUACAGCAACGGACUAGACCUGAAGCUCGCGCAAUCCACCGACGGAUUCCUCGAUAAAUGGUUAUGGAAGUUAUUCCGUCGUCUACUCACCUACCCAAUGCCCACCCUCGCCCUCCUCAACGGCCACGCCUUCGCCGGCGGCCUCAUGCUAGCCAUGUACCACGACUACCGGCUUCAGAACCCGGCAAAGGGGUUUCUCUGCAUCAAUGAGCUCGAGUUCGGCGUCCCGCUGGAGGCGCCGAUGAUGAGCAUCUUCCGGGAGAAGCUGUCGGCCGUCGCGUUUCGGGACCUCGUGCUCGAGGCGAGGCGGUUUGGCGGGCCGACGGCCGCGCUGGAGGCGGGGCUGGUGGAUGGGUUGGCGGACUCGGUGGAGGCGGCGGUGCGGUUCGUGCGGGUCCGCAACCUGCAGACGAAAGCCGCCACGGGGAUCUAUGGGAUGAUGAAGGAGGAGAUGUGGCGGCACUCGUUGGGGAUUUUGGACGGGCAUGCGGAGAAUGUCGCGUGGAGGGGUCGCGUGGAGGGGAGGAAGAAGAGGGAAGAUCAGAUCCAGAGCGGCAGUUUGGGAACCAGGACCAUGCAGAUGUGAAAUGUGAAUGAGAUGUGAGAGCAUGUAUGUUAGAGCAGAAAAGAUAUCCGAACUCUAGGUUAUCGCAUAGAAC